GGCUGCGAUUGCGGUGCCACUCACAAGUGCAAUUGUAAUGUAUGUUGUAAAUGAUAGUAAAGCGGACAAACACAAAUUCGAGCACAAGCUGAAACACUCAAAAGCCGGUUGUACAUUGUGGGAAAAUAAGCAGCUGAACUGAAUCUUCAAUAUCUGAUAUGGAACUCACCGACGACAAUUUGUUAACACUGAGUGAAUAUCUGAAACAAACCUUAAACGUAGAUGUAAAUACCAGACGUCCAGCUGAGAAAUUCUUGGAAUCAGUGGAGGUCAAUCAAAAUUAUCCCCAGUUGUUACUUCAUUUGGUGGAAAAUGCAGAAAUUCCCAUAACAGUGAGGAUUUCUGGGGCGAUUGCCUUCAAAAAUUAUGUUAAACGUAAUUGGAAAGUGGAAGAAGAUGCGGUGGAUCGUAUACACGCUGAGGACAGAAUCGCCAUCAAAAAGUCGAUCAUUAAUUUAAUGUUACACUCGCCGGAAUCUAUACAGAAACAAUUGUCAGACGCUGUGUCUAUCAUUGGAAAGUACGACUUUCCGGACAAAUGGCCUGAACUGAUAGAUCAGAUGGUAGACAAAUUUAACACCGGCGAUUUUCAUGUGAUCAAUGGGGUUCUGCACACGGCACAUUCCUUGUUCAGGAAAUACAGAUAUGAGUACAAAAGUGACACUUUGUGGAGAGAAAUAAAAUUUGUAUUGGACAAGUUUGCCAAGCCUAUGACUGAUUUGUUCUUAGCUACAAUGAACUUAACGCAAGUACAUGCUAAUAACGUGGAAGCUUUGAAAGUUAUAUACAGUUCGUUGUGUAUCUUAUGUAAGGUGUUUUAUUCUCUUAAUUUUCAAGAUCUCCCGGAGUUUUUUGAGGAUAACAUGGAAGUGUGGAUGAGAAAUUUUUAUACUUUGUUAACUGUUAAUGUUUCCUCGUUGCAAACUACGGGGGAGGAAGAAGCGGGCGUAAUAGAACAGUUAAAGUCGCAAGUUUGCGACAACGUCGGGCUGUACGCUCAAAAGUACGACACCGAGUUUCAAGUGUAUUUGCCUGAAUUUGUUACAGCAAUUUGGAAUUUACUCACAACCACAGGUCAACAACCUAAAUACGAUUCCCUAGUGUCAAAUUCGCUGCAAUUUUUAGCCGCGGUAGCUAAUAGGGCACAAUACAGAUAUCUAUUCGAGGAUCAAACAACUCUCAGCAGUAUCUGCGAAAAAGUGAUUAUUCCUAAUAUGGAAUUCAGAGAAUCAGACAGCGAGCUGUUUGAAGAUAAUCCCGAGGAAUAUAUCAGACGGGACAUCGAAGGUUCGGACGUGGACACCAGAAGACGCGCCGCGUGUGACUUGGUCAGAGUGCUGUCUAAAUACUUCGAGGCGAAAAUCAUGGAAAUCUUUGGAGCUUAUAUACAGGUCAUGUUGCAAAACUACGCGGAAAAACCGGCGGAAAACUGGCGUAGCAAAGACGCCGCUAUUUAUCUAAUUACCAGUAGCGCGAGUAAAGGACAGACGCAGAAACACGGAGUCACGCAGAGCAGCGAUCUCGUCUCGUUGCCGCAAUUCGCCAAGCAACACAUCGAACCUGAACUGGCAAAAUCGAAUGUAAACGAGUUCCCAGUACUUAAAGCGGACGGGAUAAAAUUCAUUAUGACGUUCAGGUCGAUAUUACCGUGUGACAUGGUGGUGGGAAGUUUGCCGCAAUUGAUAAGACAUCUAGGCGCGAGCAGCAUCGUCGUGCACACCUACGCCGCUUGCGCGAUCGAAAAGAUAUUGGCGAUGAGAGCGGCUGAUAAUUCGCCUAUAGUCAAAGGAGUCGAUCUGUCGCCGCUGACAACGGAUUUGUUGAAAGGACUCUUCGCCUGCAUGAACAUAACGGGUUCCGAGGAAAACGAAUAUGUCAUGAAGGCUGUAAUGAGAAGUUUCGGCACACUGCAGGAAACUGUGGUGCCGUUUUUGGCCGAUCUGCUUCCGAAGCUCACCGAGAAGCUCGCGAUAGUCUCUAAGAAUCCAAGCCGGCCGAAUUUCAAUCACUAUCUGUUCGAAACACUGAGCGUAUCGAUUAAAAUUGUGUGCAAAACCAAUCCCGAGGCUGUGACGUCCUUUGAGCAAGCGCUGUUUCCCAUCUUUCAAGAAAUUUUGCAACAAGACAUACCAGAGUUUAUUCCUUAUGUAUUCCAAAUUUUGGCGUUGCUCCUGGAGCUGCGGACCAGUCAGAACGUACCGGAAUCGUACAUGGCUUUGUUCCCGUGCCUGUUGUCGCCCGUGCUGUUCGAACGCCACGCCAAUAUUCAUCCUUUAAACCGAUUGUUGCGAGCGUAUAUCAGUCACGGUUCGCAUCAGAUUAUAGCGCAGGAUAAGACGAGCGCGUUAUUAGGAAUAUUUCAGAAAUUAAUCGCGUCAAGAGCGAACGAUCACGAGGGAUUUUUGCUGCUGCAAAGCAUCAUUGAAUACUUUCCACCGAACGUUUUGGAACCGUACAUAGAACAAAUUUUCAUACUGUGUUUCCGAAGACUCUCGUCGACGUCGAAAACAACAAAAUUUGUAAAAGGUCUAAUAGUGUUUUUUGCGUAUUAUAUUAUCAGAUACGGAUCGUCGAGCUUCAUCACAACUGUCGACCGAAUACAACCGCAAUUGUUCGGAAUGGUGGUGGAGCGCGUGUUGCUUACCGAUCUACAAAAGAUAGCGGGUGAGGUGGAACGUAAAGUUGUGGCUGUUGGAAUCUCAAACUUGCUGAUUGAUUGCCCGGCGAUGCUCGAACCUCCGUACAACGCAUUCUAUCCUCGUCUGUUAGCCACGUUGGUAGAAUUCUUUGAGCUCCCGCAAGACGAAAGUUUGUUGCCGGCGGACGAGCUCCCGGAAAACGACGAUCAGGUCGGAUAUCAAGUAGGCUACAGUCAGCUCGCCUAUGCGAGGAAUCAUCGGAAAGAUCCCUUGCAAAGUACGUUGGAAUUUUCUUUUUAUCUCUAUUUUUUAAACAUUUUUAUCUUGAAGAAACAUGUGAAAUAUCUGAAAUAAUUAGUGGAAUUUACAUAAGCUGAUAGUUGGAGUGUUGGAUUUGUGUAAAAUUGUGUAUGUGUAUUUGACAGAUAUCGGCGAUAUACGUUUACACUUGGCGCAAGGCCUAGCGAAAUUGUCGCCGGAACAGUUGCCGGGAUUGCUGGGCCAGAUACCCGAACCAAAUGCGAAUCACCUGAGAAAUUAUCUACAAACUGCUGGUAUUACGGUUAUAUAAUAUAAACUAAAUGUCCGGCACAGAUUGAAGCUUCACUUGAUAGCUCGAAAAAUGAACAAUAUCGAACUUAAUAAACUGUAAUUAAAAGCUAAUUUUUUAUACACACGUAAUUGUACAAUUAAUGAGACUACCAAGAUUCAGAUCAUUCAUGCUUGAAGUGAGGUAACUGUGUGAGUAAUAAAUUAUGUUUAUUUUAUUUGUAGUGAAACAAAUGUUUUAUAUACAAUAGCAAUAAUAAAAAAUAGAAAAAUAUAUUCCACUUUUUAAUUUACACGUAAUAGUUACAUGUAAUUUACAUGUAAGUUACAUGUAAUAAUCAGUUCUUUUAGAUGCGAAAUUUAAAACAAGUUUGAUUUUAUUACUGAUACAGUUAUCUUAUUGCAACGUUGAAUAUCCACAAGAAAUCCAUGUGUCAUUAUAAAAUUUAAACUCAACUUUUUCUUUGUUUCGUCCAAAGUGCGAAUUGCCGCACUUCACCGUACGUUAAAAACAAUUCCAAACUCCUCUUUAGUUUAUAAUAAAAUAGGAAAUAAGUAGCGAAGAAAUAAUAUUUUGUAAAACCAUGUAUAAUUUGAAAACUGAAGCUUUUUCUAGACGAGUUUUUAAAACAAUUUAAAUAUGUAUAUUAAAAAAAGAAAAAAAAAUACUAUUUGCAUUAGCUUGUCUUUUAUUAAAACCUUAAAGAAAAAAGACAUUAAGAUAUAUAUUUACGGAAGAGAGUUUUUAUCUUGUCACGCACACAUUUGGUUUACUCCUAUAUGUAGUAAAAUUUUUUUUCUAUUUUAUUUCUCUUCUAACAUAUUGCGAUAAUGCGAUAUACAGAGCUGUGAAAAGAUAAAACUUUCGAUACAAUUAGAUAUGUCUAUGGAAGAGAUAUAUUCGAAAUGAAUAAUAUAAAGUUUGCAUAAAUAUUUACUAACAUACAAUAAGUCUUCGACUUCGACCAUAUACAACUUCUUCUAAAUAAAAAAAACGAUCCCUUAUAAAAAAAAAAGCGAUCCCUUUUUUAUUUAGUACAUAUCAAGAUUUAAA